AUCUCUUCGAGUACAAGUUCAUCAACAGCCGGGUGGUGAACAGCACCUUCCUGCACAACAAGGAGGGCUGCCAGCUGGACUUCAGCGACGACAACAACGCCUACAUGAUCUACUUCGUCAGCUUCUUGGGCACCUUGGCCGUCCUCCCCGGGAACAUCGUCUCGGCCCUCCUCAUGGACAAGAUCGGCCGCCUCCGCAUGCUGGUCUGCCUCUGCGGCGGCGUCAGCAUCGCCUCCUGGAACGCCCUCGACGUCCUCACCGUGGAGCUCUACCCCUCCGACAAGAG